AUGGGUCUCGGAGUGCUGCAGGAUACAAAGUUAGGGAAUGUUCCUGGAACAUCCUACGUCUUGGAAGAUGCAGGUUUUUCUUAUGACGAACAUCACCGGUCAGGGCUCAAGUGCGAUCGCUCAGGGCCGGUCCCAAUCAUCCUCAUUCCGCAGCCCAGCGAUGACCCAUAUGAUCCUUUGAACUGGCCGUUAUGGAGACGCGAUCUGAUUCUCGCGAUUCUUUCUCUGGUCGCAGUCCUUUGCGCAACCAUGAGUCCAAUCUUGGCUGCCGACACCGUCACUGUCGCCCUUGACUACUCCAAAAGUUUUACAGAUGUCGCCUUGCUGACCGGUUACCACUUACUCGGUGUUGGCCUGGGCGGCAUUCUCUGUGUCCCAUCAGCGAGAGUAUGGGGCAAGCGCCACCUGUUUAUCAUCGGAAAUGUCUUGAUGAUUAUCAGCUCUGCCUGGGCCGGAGCCAGCUCGGGCAAUUAUCGCAGCUUGACGGCUGCCCGCGUAUUCCAAGGGUUUGCCCUAGCUCCCUUUGAAGCCCUAGUGAAUACUUGCGUGGGUGAUUUGUAUUUUGUGCAUGAGCGUGGAAAGCGCAUGGCCCUCUCAAACGUGGCGCUUUUUGGGGGAUCAUUUUUGACGCCUGUCUUUGUGGGAAAGAUAACAGCAACACUGGGAUGGCAGUGGACCUUUUACUUUGUAGCCAUCUUCACCGCAGUUGCGCUUCCCUUUAUGAUUUUUUUUGUGCCGGAAACUGCUUACCGCCGACCCGAUCAUCUGAACAUUGAUUAUAAAGUGGAGACUGCUCCCAGCUACGAUGGUGCGGGACUUGAAGAAAACGAUAAUUCGGAUUCACAAUUGCCUCUUGGUCACGAGCAGCGACAAUCGGACGAAAAAGAGGAUCGCACUGUGUACCGAGAGUACUCUUAUUGGCAAACUGUCAAGCUUUUCAAUGGCCGGAAAACGGACGAAGACUUUUGGAAGCUCUUGCUACGUCCUUUUCCGCUAUUCUUCCACCCGGGAAUUCUUUGGGCAUGCCUGACACAAGGUGUCCUCAUCGGCUGGACAGUGUUCAUUGGAGUCGUGUUAGCUGUCGUUUUCAUGAUCCCUCCAUUGUGGUUUGACGAGGUCAAGACGGGGUAUAUGUACACCUCGGCUUUCAUUGGAUCAAUCAUCGGUCUGAUCUUGUCUGGUCUUUUGACUGACCGGAUUAACCGGGGCAUGAUCAAGCUCAACAAGGGUACCUACGAGCCCGAGUUUCGUAUCGUCCUGGUCUUUUUCCAGUUGCUUUUCAGCGGAAUCGGACUCUAUGGGUUUGGCAUCACGGCCAACGACGUGUCGCGGUAUGGCUGGCUGAUCCCGGAUGUUUUCUUUGCAUGUGUUAUCAUCGGCAUGGUGAUGGGUGCUGUUUCUAGUGCUCUGUAUAUUGUCGAUGCACACCGCGAAAUUGCCGUCGAAGCAUUUACGUGCAUGCUCAUCUUCAAAAACGUCUUCAGUUUUGUCCUCACCUUCUUUGCGUACAACUGGCUGGUGGUCAAGGACGGCUCUCGCGUGCCUUUUCUGGCCCUUGGUUCUAUUCAGAUGGGUAUUUGUUUGCUGGCGAUCCCGAUGUAUAUCUUUGGGAAACGAAAUCGUUCGUUUUUCGCGCGUAAUGAUAUUUUGAAAAUGCUGCAUCUUUGGUAA